AUGGCCGGGGACAGAGCCAAACCCUGUGAGCUGGACCAAGAGAAAUACGAUGCUGAUGACAAUGUGAAAAUCAUCUGCCUGGGGGACAGCGCUGUGGGCAAGUCCAAACUUAUGGAGAGAUUUCUCAUGGAUGGAUUUCAGCCCCGGCAGCUGUCCACACACGCCCUGACCCUGUACAAGCACACGGCCACGGUGGACGGCAAGACCGUCCUUGUGGACUUUUGGGACACAGCAGGCCAAGAGNNNUUCCAGAGCAUGCACGCCUCCUACUACCACAAGGCCCACGCCUGCAUCAUGGUAUUUGAUGUGCAGAGGAAAAUCACCUACAAGAACCUGAGCACCUGGUAUACAGAGCUUCGGGAGUUCAGGCCAGAGAUUCCAUGCCUUGUGGUGGCCAAUAAAAUCGAUGCAGACAUAAAGAUGACCCAAAAAAGCUUCAGUUUUGCCAGGAAGUUCUCCCUGCCCCUGUACUUUGUCUCAGCUGCUGAUGGUACCAACGUUGUGAAGCUCUUCAGCGAUGCAAUUCGAUUAGCUGUGUCUUACAAACAGAACUCCCGGGACUUCAUGGAUGAAGUUUUGCAGGAGCUUGAGAGCAUCAGCUUGGAGCAGAAGGAGGAGGAUAUGCUGGGCAAAGAGCAGCGUGGCCGUGUCCAGAGCCCAUCUCCCUCCUGA